CGCACAGAUGUUAUAAAUUUGGUAGUUAUGUGAUGCGCUUCAAGAAAAAAAAUUAUAAAAAGAAGAAAGGUAAAAGCAAUUAUAAAUGAUACGAAAUAAAAUAUCUUGAUAUUUAUACUACUAUUCAAAUGAACUAACAUACAAAACCUACUGAUAGGAUGGUUGCUAACGAUUGUUAAAUCAAUUUCAGAGAGAGCAAAAAAAAGGGUAAAGAGUUUAACAUUAAAAUGAAUGAGAAUGAAAUUGAUAUCCUUAAAAAUGAACUGGAACAUGAAAAAACUUACAGGGAAGCCGCGGCAUGGCAGAAUACAGAACUUGAGAAACAAAUAGUUUCUAUGCAAGAGGAACUACGAAAAUCUGAUUACCCUUGGGACAAAGAUGACGACUUGCAGAAGGAAAGCGCAAGACAUAAGCAACUACUAGAUGCCAUAGAAAUGCUUAAAGAACAAUUGCCUAUUUUGAAAGAAAGAAUUAAGAACGCAAAAGUCUGUGGACCAGAUUGUAAACUGAAGCAUGACGACCUCAACAUCAAUCUUGACAUUCUUACGCCUGCUGAACUUCUUCGCACAGUGAAAAGAUUUGAAAGACUCAAAACGGAUUUGAUAAGUACACUACGUAGUAAAGAAUGGCGCUUGGACUCGGAGUCUAAGUUGUUCGUACGUGUGAACGACCAGAGGACUUAUCUGCAGAAUGAAUUGAUGAUAUGUCAUAAUAAUAUAAUGCGUUUGCAAAGAAAUGGCAACUAUUGGCAGUAUUUAAUUCCAGGAAUAUUCCCCGCAAAAAUGACGAGAGAAUCCUGGACCCAAAGCGAGGACCUAUAAAGAAAAUAUUUUGCAACGACCGUCUACCACCAAUUGUUACAUAGUAGAUUCUACCAAAAAAAAUUGGUAGAUUUUUAAAUUUGUUUACUAGUAACAUAGUAGAACAGAGUAGAAAAUGUUACUUAUAGAUUACAGAUUGUUGUAGAUUCACAGAUUAUAAGAAAAAGAGUUCACUAGA